AAGAAUUUCACAGAUCUGAAGAUAGAGACCGAUAUGGAGGUGAAGAAUUGCCGUUCGCCGUAGCUACUCAGGGACUAGCUGGAAUCUCCAGUGUAUUCGGACACUUUUUUGAGUACUGUAAUAGUAGGUAA